GGCCCUCCCUUUAUGGCGCAGGCGUAUUCAGAUGAGGCGGCUUUGCUACUAAUGCGCAUGUCCCGGGACUCGGAGUGGUGGAACUGCGCAUGUCUCGAGGGCGGGGGAGCGGCCGAAAGCAUCCACUGCGGAGGCGGGGCUUGGCGGCUUCAGGUGGUCUGCGCUGAGCUCCGGCUGCGAGGAUGGCGGGUAGGGGGAAGCUCAUUGCGGUGAUCGGAGACGAGGACACGGUGACUGGCUUCCUGCUCGGCGGCAUAGGGGAGUUGAACAAGAACCGCCACCCUAACUUCCUGGUGGUGGAGAAGGACACCACCAUCAAUGAGAUCGAAGACACUUUCAGGCAGUUUCUACACCGGGAUGACAUCGGCAUCAUCCUCAUUAACCAGUACAUCGCGGAGAUGGUGCGGCACGCACUUGACGCCCACCAGCGCUCCAUUCCAGCUGUCCUGGAGAUCCCCUCCAAGGAGCACCCCUAUGAUGCUGCCAAGGACUCCAUCCUGCGCAGGGCCAGGGGCAUGUUCACCACCGAAGACCUGCGCUAGAGGGCUCCUCACUGCCCUGCAGCCCCUCCCUGACCAGGCUUCUCCCCAGGCUUGCCAUCAGCCCUUCUCAAAGUUUUGAGCCUCUGUUUUCCAAGUCCCCACCCCUUCCCACUCCACUGAGAGGCCGGUGAGGUGCUUCCAGAUUGCUGAGGCGCUGCCAUUAAAGUCAAGGCUGGUUGGGAAACAGGAAGCCUGUUUUCUCUCUCCACUACCUCUCCCCCUGCUGUUAUGCAGUGUCAUUGUUGAUGUUAAAUUAAAGUAAUAUUCUUGCUUCUGUCCAAACUG